AUGAGAGCAUCCUGUAACCUUGUACCAGACCUGUACAAUGCCAUAACUGCCUCAGCCGGCACAUGGCACACGACACCAGGAAACACUAUCACAAGUGCUGAGUCAUUGCUAUCAGCUGUUGAUGAGCAUGUUAAUUCCUCUCCUAAUUCACCAGUCAAUAAUGUUCGUUCAUUGACAAAUAUAGGACAUGCUAGUGCUAACAGCAGACGUCUCAUGCCGUACAUUCAAGCUGUGAUAGAGAUGGGUUACAGUGAUGAGUUGGUCCUGCAAGUGCUUCUAAACCAAAUGCGACAAGGAAACACUAUCACAAGUGCUGAGUCAUUGCUAUCAGCUGUUGAUGAGCAUGUUAAUCCCUCUCCUAAUUCACCAGUCCACAGUGCUCGUUCAUUGACAAAUAUAGUUGCUGCCACAAAACUGGAAGACCCAAUUGGAGGGCUAGAGGACAGAAUUAUGUGCAAAAUCUGCAUGGCUAAGGAAGUGGAAGUGACAUUUUUACCGUGUGGUCAUCUGGUGUGCUGUGAAGAGUGUUCAAGACAUGUAACAAAUUGUCCAAUCUGUAGGAAAUCGGUGAAAGGCAUCAUCCAUUUCCUGUGUGCAGAAGAGCAGCUGAAAGAUCUGUCACUGCAAUUUGCUAACUGUGGACUGGUAACAGCUGGUUUUUAG